AUGCGGGAAAUUGUUUUUCAGGGAAUUGGCCUGUCCCGUGUGCACGUUGGUGCGUACGCCGUAUGCUGGCAGCCCUGUCGUUCCUAUGGCAAUCAACAAGCUUACCCUCCACAACCAUUGAGUCAGAGGACGAGAGAGAGAGAGAGAGAGAGAGAGGGGGUGGUGUUCACAAAUUCUGACAGGAUGGGCUAUGACCUGGAACGCUUCGUGGGCUACGUGAACGAGGGUCUACUGUGCUGCGUGUGUCGUGCGGUGCUGGAGGAUCCGCUGCAGGCUCCCUGUGAGCACGCCUUCUGCUCCAGCUGCAUCCACGCCUGGCUCCUGCACCGGUCCACCUGCCCCGAGGACCGCCUGCCCCUCGACGUUGCCGCCCUGCGGCCCCUCCACAGGUAUAUGAGAAAUGACCUGGCCAGGUUGCAGGUGAGGUGUGUGUAUGGGCCACAAGGCUGUGAGGUCAUCUGUGCACUGGAGUCCCUACGGAGGCACGAGCAGCAGUGUGACUUUGCACUGCUGAGCUGCAGCAAUGAUGGUGAGGAGUACAUGUGUUGCCGCUGCGGCUGUCCAGUGCAGGUGUCACGGCGGUCUCUGGAAGCGCACCUGUGUGUGUGCGAGCACCGGAGCGGCGUGUGUGCAGGCGCAGUGUGUGUGUGCUGCUCACUCACGCACCCAGAUGAGGCUCAGUGCAAAUGUGUCUCUGAACUGCGAGCGGAGCUGCACUACCUUAGGGCAGAGCUAGACUGUAAGGUUGAAGAAGUGAGACAUGAGAUGGAGUCACGGCUGGAUUCUCAGAGGAGGCACAUGGUGCAAAAGGAGAGUCUGCUGAAGAGUGAGGUGGAUGAUCUCAAGGGCCAGCUGUCCCGCAUGAUGUCGGAUGUACGUGUGCUGCUGGGAGCAGAGCGCGCACGGAGGCAAGAGCUGGAAAGGGCGGAGCUUGAGAAAGCGGAGCUCCUGGAACUUCUUAAAAAGGAGGGUCUUAGGCCAACCCCACCCACUCCAACAGCCACACCCCCCGCUGAAGGGCCUCGCAAGCCAAACCCACGGAGCUCGGCUCUGGACUGCAUCAAGAGGAAGACCAACGAGGUCGCACUCAUAUGAACACCUUCACACAACACCUGCGUGCAGACACAAGGCUAGAGCCAGCACGAGAGGCAGCGUUAAUUGGACGGCUGACCUGCACUCUCACAAAACCAGUUUAAACCAGAGGCAGCUGCCGUUACUCUGAACUACAGGUGAUGUUGCGCGAGGGACUUGCAGAAAGCUUCAGGGGGAAUUACCCUCAGCUGAGUGGAGUUUAACAGAGCAAGACUACAAGAGCCAGAAUUAGAAUUCUACUGGAUUUUGUAGAGAGAUUUUAAAGGUUUAUUUUGUCUCUGUGGUUGGAAUAUUUUCAAAAUCUGAGGUGUGUGAAUUUUGGAUCAUAUUCACUGUCCCCUAACAGGUUCACAAUAAAUUAUUUGAAAAGACUGUUCUUGGUCCUUCCGGUAAAUCAACAUGGAUACUAAACUUUAUAGCAUACAAGAGCUCAUAAUCAGAAUGACAAAUGCAAGCUCUGAACAUAAAUAAGAGCUUCUGAACU